AUGCCAACGUGGAUCAGGGAAGGGCGCCCAAGUGGCCGACCUGUGGGCCAGGAUGCCUCGAAAGCUGCAAGCCCGGCUCUGGGUGACAUGACAAAUUCAGGGGAUGGGAAAGCACGGGUGAUGACCAAUGCAGGCAAGAAAGCUUGCGGAAGUGCGCAACGAGGCGAUGCCGGGAGCAAGCUCAAUCUGAGUACCGCAGUCACUCCACUCCGGUCUAGUCGCCUCUCUUCCGGGAAUGGCAAGCGCGUUCAUCAGCCCUCUGUCGGGCAGGCAAGGUACGCUCAGACGAAACUUUCUGUCGUACACUCUGCGCAGCGUCAGCCUGCUUCAGAGCCUAAGCCGCGAGUCGAUGCUUCCAGCGCCAUCCUCGACCGUCAGUCUCGCACCGCUAGGAAAAGCGACAGUACAGUCCCUUCUAUUAGGCGCGACGAAUCACCUCCUCAAUUGCCGCACAAACGUCCGCGUACGCGAUCGCCGGGAGCGGAUGCUGGUGAUCACACUACAACACCUGGCAUGCAGCGACGUCGUUCCAGUAAAGACAGAUUCUUCACCCGCACAAAUCAAGAUUUCGACCCUUUUGCAAUUUUUGGACCUGCGCCGCCGUCGAGCCUACAGCGCCUGGCUCCCAGGGUCCAAAGCGUUACACCUCGCUUAGUCGCACCCACCGCGCGCUCGAAGGAACACACCAUUCACAGCGCUGAUGACGAAGCACCAGUGCGACUGCAGCCGAAUCGGAGUAUCAGCGCCUCGAAGCAAGCAACGCGCUCGGCCGACUCCAAUGCUGCGGAUGUGCAAACAUUGUGGGAAGGCGACAGUAUUUGGCGUGGAGAAGUUGAGCCUGAAGGGGCCGGGAAAGUGAAUGGCACUGCACGACAGCAUCACGAGUCGAUGCGAGCUUGGAGGCAGGCCGCAGGCUAUCUCAACACUCAAGAUAGAUGUCACAUAGAGAAGGGCUCCUGUGGUGCACCUCCUCGCGCCCAAGAGCGGAGCGAGUCCACUGGCACGUCACACAAUGGGGCGAGCAGCGCCAGAAGCCAGGGUGAGUCGUCUCUUCUGCACUUCGCCGAGUCCUUGCUGAGACGGGCUGCUUCAUGUCUGCAGCGCCGCAAGAACGGGAGCGAGUGAGACGAGAGAUGAGACGGGCCAAUGAGUUCGCAAUGACUGAGCGCACCGCUGUGCGGGCUGGAAAAGAAGACGCACUCGAAGCGGUGGACGCGGAACAAGUGUCCAAGAACAAGCUCUUCCUCCACGCCAUGCCCUCACGCCACGAUCAAGCGCCAAGCGAAGACCAUGGCAUGAGUUCCCACUCGCGCAGUCUCAAGCGCUCUAGCGCUAAGGCCCGCAAUGAGCCGAGUGCGCAGAUUGAGCGGAGCCGUCUUGUACACGGCUAUUCGGUCGUCAAUAUCGGUGAUGCGUGGCUUUCAUCCAGUCAGAGCCAGACGCAAGCCACCCACAGGUCUUCGGAUGACGAUCGAAGAACUGAGUUUCCGCGCACAAAUCCAGCAAUCAUCGAUGGCGAAGGCAGACCGCAGGCUUUGUUCAGGUCGCCCCGCACAGGCAGGCGACUUUACGCUCUCGAAACCCAACUGGCUGAUGCCUCCAAAGAUCACAGCACCCCUGCUGUCCGUUUGGAACAAUCUGCCACACGUCGCGGAAGACACGUCGACCCUCCAUUUAGCCCGGUGGAUCGCUUGAGAUCGGGUUCGAGCUCGUCUGAGACGGGCAGCCUAGCUUCGCCAUCCAGUACCAAGAGCUCCAAACACCAGCUGAGAAGGCCGAUCAACACUAGGCGAACGUCUCUCUUUGGAGGCUCGAGUCCUCUGACGUCAGAUGGGACUGUGGCGAAACGUGCUAGCGUGCCCAUGGUGGAAAUUACUUCUAGGAAGCCGUCCUCUUCGAGUAAGAACCCGCAAUGCUCCUACGCCGACACUUAUGAGUCGGUUGAGGAUUCAGCUGCUUUGGAUGAUGGCAGAUGGGCAGACGACGAGACGUAUGCUCCAAGCAAAGCUCUUUUUAAAGGGAGCAAUGCCAGCUCGGGUGAGGCAACUAGCAGACGUAGCUCGAACCGGUUGCGGCAAAAAAGCAAAGAUGAUGCGUCCGCUCCUGCAAUCGCCGAGGCGGCAGCAUCAGACGCCGAAGAUACGCAACCUUUGGCCUGGACUGGAGAAGAGGUUCAGGAAGCCGGCAGAGGCGGAUCUAGACAACAUCAGCGGGCCUCGCGGCCCUCGCAUCAGGCGCCUGUCAGACCACGACUGGGAUGGGGUGACCUGGAUGCGAAUUGGGAAGGUGUGGAGGCACCCGCUCCAUCACGCAGCUCUAUCCGCUCGCAAGACAGCUUUGAACAGUCCACCCUCAGUCAAUUUGGGUUUGAGACGCGAAGACCCAAGCAGGCGCGCUCCCCGGGACGCGGUAGGAACGCGAGUCGCCAGAGCGAAGGAAGCAGCAGCUCUAGUGGGCCAGGAGAUAUCUCUGCUCAGCAGGAGACGGACGACGUCUCCGCGUUGCUGACUCGCCAUUUAGUCGAUGGGCUCAGCGAUGAUGAGUUUGUGAAACACGAAGUUGUCGCUAUGCGCGACGCCGACAUGCGACCAGCCUCGGAACAGAUGGGGGACGAGACGCAGGAGCUGUUGCCUUCAGAUGGAGAUGGAGAUGAGACGCAGCCUCUCGAAUUUUCUCCAAGUCCCAGCCCUCGUCGUCGAAACGUGAUGCACAAUGACCAGGUCGCAGACGAUGAUGUCAUCGAUCCCGCCUUUCUAAAGAUGAUGGAGAUAGAGCAAGCGUCCCGUUUCGGCCUUCAGCACGACAGCCGCACGCGUGGUCAGUCACCAUCUCCGCGUGUCAAUGCGCAUUUGGAUUCCAGUCAGACACAGAGCCACACGGAGUACUCUUCCAGCCCGGCCAUCGCUCGAACAGGCGCGAGCGCAAUGAUGUCCCCACAAACCCAGAGCAGAUCGUCUGCAUCUGCAGUGUCCAGUCAAGAGCAACGCAUUUCUUUACCUCACCUCUCCUCCCUCGACACCCAAUCCAGGGCUUUCUUCGAUCGACUUUGA